UCUUUGUCGGCCUUAAAUUUUACUAGUCUGCUUGAUUCGUCCAACCUAUCGGCUUGUUGCUACUUCCUUCUAUUCAGGUUGACAUUAAAUUCUUAUGGAUUGAUAUUUCUUGUGGUUCUUAUUUUCUUUUGCCUACUGCUUUCUUAAAUUGCUUGAACCGGUUUAGUUUUCAGGCCAAAUCAACUUAGUUUGACUGAUGACUUAUAAUUCAUAGUUCAUGAUACAUUUUAGAAGCCUAAAUUUAUUUAGUGUUAAUAGGCAGAUCGUAUUAGUCAUUUGGUUUUAGUAAUUUCUUAGUCGGGUUUUUGAAACAUCUGUUGACUGCCUUUGAAGCUAUAGUAAGGCUCGGCCGAAUAAUGGGAUAAUCUUCAUCAACAUCGUCGAAUACGGUCCUUUCCUUUCUUUUUCCCUCCUUUCUUUCUUUUCUUUUUUUUUUUCCUCUUUUAAUAUCUCAAGCAAAUGCGCCAGGCCUUGUUGCUUUAAAUUCCUUGACUAACGUUCUUAGAGACAAGCCUUGUAUGAUCCCCGGGGGGAACGGGGAGAGAGCGUGAUAUACUCGCUGAGGGAAGUUGAUGACGAGGAUGAUGGGUUUAUUGGCGACUGCAUGGAAUCCUUUGAGAAGGAAGCUUCAACUAAAAACGAGGGUUCUUCAUACGGUAAAAGGACAAAGGAGCCAAAUUUUAAUGUCUCCACCUCUUGUUUCUCUGGACCUACCUGACAUUUGGACUCCAAAUUCAUCUCGUUUUAGUGUUUCAUCAGUACACAAGAGCUUUAAUGAGCAGACUGCUAGGGUGUUGGAUGGAAAAAUGAUUUCUAUGGAAAUCAGAUCAAGCGUAGCUGGUGAGGUAAGCCGGAUGAAGAAGUGCAUUGGGAAAGUUCCUGGGUUAGCUGUGAUUAUGGUCGGCCAGAGAUGGGAUUCUCAGAUUUAUGUUCGCAACAAGAUAAAGGCAUGUCAUGAAGUUGGAAUCAAGUCCUUUGUGACUGAUCUACCGACUGAUUGUACAGAAGCUGAAGUUCAUAAUGCUUUGUUGAGAUUUAACAAAGAUCCAUCAAUUCAUGGUAUUCUUGUGCAACUUCCCCUACCCCAGCAUCUAGAUGAAGGCAAAGUUUUGGAUGUUCUAUGUCUAGAAAAGGACGUGGAUGGCUUUCAUCCUCUUAAUAUGGGGAAUCUCGCCAUAAUUGGAAGGGAACCACUAUUUAUUCCCUGUACUCCGAAGGGCUGCGUUGAGUUACUAAUUAGGUCUGGAGUGGAGAUCAUGGGGAAGAAAGCUGUUGUGAUUGGAAGAAGUAAUAUUGUCGGUUUACCUACAUCCUUGUUAUUGCAGAGACACCAUGCAACGGUCACUGUUAUACAUGCAUUUACAGAAAAUCCUGAACAGAUCACUUCAGAAGCUGAUAUUGUAGUUUCUGCUGCUGGAGUACCUAAUAUGGUCCGCGGCAACUGGAUAAAGCCUGGUGCAAUAGUCAUUGACGUUGGAACAAGUCCAGUUGAGGACUCAAGCUGCGAGGAUGGUUACCGUCUUAUAGGGGAUGUAUGCUAUGAAGAAGCGGUAAAUGUGGCAUCUGUUAUUACUCCUGUUCCGGGUGGAGUUGGGCCUGUGACCGUUGCCAUGCUACUGUCUAACACUCUAGAUUCUGCAAAACGCCUGCUUGAUUUUACUUAGCCGCUGGCGUAGGCUUAGUUGCUUACAAUUCUAGUUCUGUUUAACCCCCAAAAUGAAAUAUGAAAUUAUUGUGCUGUAGCUUGAUUAGUUCUUGAGCCAUAACAAAUUGCAUGCAAUACCAGAGUCAACAAUUAAUCAUGACUCACUCUUGUUGCACUAA